UUAUCAGGGCAGGUCUCAGCCUGGUCCAGUGUCAGUGGCCCAACAAGAACAUUUUCCCUAACUUCCUUCUCUUGGGCCAAGAAGUAGCUUCAAACUAUACCUUCCAGUUGGCAACAAGAAGGACCUGCUCUGCACAAGCCACUGUAUAGAUGGAAUUCAAAGAAGUUGGGAGAUCAGAGACUUCUAUUCCCAAAUGAUGAUUUUAGAAUCCCCUGAUGGAGACCAACUGUGAAUUCAGCAAGUACUUUCAGUCCUCCCCUCCCCUCCUCCCUCACCCCCAAGCCUCCCCCCUUACUGUCCUCCCCCACCUCCAGUUGACCAUGGCAUCAGAAGCAGAAAGAACGUUCCAGCGGUUUGCUGUCUUUGGAGAAUCCUCAAGCAGUGGCACUGAAAUGAACAACAAGAACUUCUCCAAGCUGUGCAAAGACUGUGGCAUCAUGGAUGGCAAGACGGUCACCUCCACUGACGUGGACAUCGUUUUCAGCAAAGUCAAGGCCAAGAAUGCCCGAACCAUCACAUUCCAACAGUUCCAGGAAGCAAUGAAGGAACUGGGCCAGAAGCGAUUCAAGGGGAAAAGCCCGGAUGAAGCCCUGGAGAACAUUUAUAAGCUCAUGGAGGGCAAGGACCCAGCUACCACUGGUGUUACUAAAGCGACAACAGCGGGCGGGGUGAGCCGGCUGACGGACGCCAGCAAGUACACUGGCACCCACAAGGAGCGCUUUGACGAGAGCGGCAAGGGGAAAGGCAUCGCGGGCCGGGAAGACGUGACUGACAACUCAGGCUACGUGAGUGGCUACAAGGGUGCUGGCACGUAUGAUAAGAAGGGCAGCAACUAGGGAGUAGCCUCAUCUUCGCCUGUUGGCCCUUGACCCUGCAUCUUGAACACCAGGGAGCUUGGGGUGGGGGGACAAUAAACA